CUGGCAACGGCGAGACUGCACCGUCUCCAGGAAAGAAAGAGGUAAGACGGCCUGCUGGUGAGCCAAUUUGGAGGCGUGCGCGAGCCCGUUGCGCAGUGGGCAUCCUUGCUUUCCCCGCCUCCGAAGCUCGCCCAGAGCUUGAUUGUGCAGGGCCCUGCAGCAUACAAACAAUCUUUCCGCCGAGCGCUCUUUCGUGUCUCCUCCCCUUCAACCCAUCCUCCAUCAAACAAGAUGGCGGUUCGCGGCGAGGACGUGUAUUGCACGCUCGUAAUGAACGAUGCAUACCUUCCAGGAGCCGCCGUUCUCGCCCAUUCUUUGCGGGAUAAUGGAACGAAGAAGAGGCUGGCUGUCAUGAUAACACCCGAAUCGUUGUCAGCAGAUGCCGUGACGGAGUUGAGGAGCCUGUACGAUAUCGUGAUACCCGUAGAACGCAUAGCGAACCCGAAUCCCGGCAACGUCUUCCUUAUGGGCCGGGGAGACUUGCUGUACGCAUUUACAAAGAUAAAUCUCUGGCGGCAGACCCAGUUUCGCAAGAUUGUGUACAUCGACGCUGAUAUUGUUGCUCUGCGAGCGCUGGACGAGUUGUUUGAUAUAGACGCCCCCUUUGCUGCGGCGCCAGACAUAGGAUGGCCGGAUGCAUUCAACUCCGGCUUGAUGGUCAUAUCACCUAACAUGGGCGACUUCUGGGCCUUGCAGACGCUGGCAUCUUCGGGAGACAGCUUCGAUGGAGCAGACCAGGGCUUGCUAAACCAGUACUUCGAGCACCGUGGCUGGCAUAGGCUGAGCUUCACUUACAAUUGUACGCCCAACGCCGAGUAUCAAUGGGAGCCAGCCUACCGGCAUUACAAGAGCAACAUCAAGGCCGUGCAUUUCAUCGGCAAGGACAAACCUUGGAUGAAAGGCAGGCAGGCUAGAGGCAAGCAGGGCAAUGUAUAUGGAGAUCUUGUCAAUCAAUGGUGGGCCGUAUAUGAUCGGCACCUCAAGAACCCCGCAUACGAUCCUCAAAGGCCGUUCGCACAGCAGACGAUGGUCAUACAGAAGAACGUGACGGGAGAGACUCACGAUCAAUUCUACGGUGUUCCUCCAGAACAAAGAGUUGCGCCACCGGCCAUUACUGACAUUGCUCCGUCACUAGUACCUCAUCAAGCUCCUGCUACUCCACCACCGGCUCCUGCAAUCCAAGUGACGUCGCAUGAGCAUUCGCCUCACGCGGACCAGCCUUUGUCAAAGCCGGAAGCAAGAAACGAUACCGAAGAGCGUGGUCGGGUAGAGCCUCCUCCCACAGUCCAGCAACGGAGGUUUUCAGCUCCGCACCUGGAAUGGGACGCUACAGUGGGCGCCCCGCCGGCGGAAUCACGACCUGAAGCCGCCAAUUUCCCAUCGGUGCAAUACGACUUUAGCGAGAGCAAAGACCUGUACCGUGCUCCUCCUUCCUACCCGGAACCGCCGAAGGACAUGUGGUACGAAGUUCCAGAGUCCAAACCCAAGCCGGAAGAGCCACCAAAGCCGAUUUUCCCUUGGGAAUACGAACACCCCGAUCGACCAAAGGCAACCAGGAGAUUCGCUGAAGACAUGGUGCCAGAGGAUCGUAAAAGGAAAGACCAAAAGAAGCCAGGCUCGAUCGUUUUACCGCAAGCAGGUGCAGUUGCUGACGAAACUUUUGCGCCCUUCUCUCCUCAGGCGAACGCUUGGGACGAAAAUCCCAGCAUUGAACGAUAUGUUCGUGCUGUUUUAGAAUCUCAGCAAAGUCGCCAUCGAGCAAGGGCUCCAAACCAGCCUCCAGAAGUCCUGUCCCCAUCAGGACGACGGGAGAGUCUGAUCAUAACAGAUUUCCCAUCGGCAGACGACAGGCCGAGUCUACCAGUCACACCCGCACCGAUCCGACGACCGACAUUCUGGGGAGAGGAGCGAGACGAGGCAGGCGAGCUGCCAGCGGCGGAAGGUGUUCCAGAUCAAGCUGAAUGGGUAUGUCCUAAAUGCGGUUUUUCGUCUGAUACCCCCGUUGCUUUCCAUCGUUCGCGUUCUGCAUUUUCUGCUUCAACCCUCGCCAAGGGCGAGCAACAGGCUGUGCCCGAAAAUGCGAAUAUUCAUGAUCCUGCUGCUUCUCCUGCCAUCGCGUAUCAACAGCAAAAUCAUCCUGCCGCUGUGCCGGCUGCGCCUGCUCGUCUGCCUUCGCCACCCCGACCGCCUCCACCCGCGAAAAAUGCGUGGGAUGAUAUACCGUUGCCUCCACAUCUACGACCGCGUCCGAAGCCCAGGCAAAGCUCGUCUGACCUGUCGUUCUCGUCUACAAGCACGGCGGUCGGCGGUCCGUCCGCGACCGUGACUGCUGGCCCGGAAGGCGUGUCGAAGCUGAGGUCUGAUUCGUCUCCGACGACGAAGGUGCUUCACGAGAUCGAGGCAGAAGGUGAAAGGGGCGUCCUCGCGGAAGAAGCUGUCGCUACGCCGUCGGAAGAAAGCGUGGUUCUUCUUGCAGUCGGAAAAGAAACUGCUGUUCAAGGCAGUGGCGAUACGACACCCACGGCGCCCGCGCAGACGGAGAUCUUGACGUCUCCUUUGAAGCCCAUGCUCAGCCCUCCCGCCUGGCUCACCGGCCCAGUGACGCAGCGCUAACGUGUUACAUGUUUAAAGAACCCCGCGCAAAAGCUCGAAGAAUUGCGGCGCAACUCGCUGCUCGAGGUGCAGCACCUCAAGUCGCCAGAGGUCCUGGGCCGCCGUCUUUCGGACAGGGAAAUGCCAGCGCAUGCGGUGCCACUCCCGCAGAAGGUGGCCUCCCCCCCGGCCUCGGAAAGGCCAGCUGGCUCGACGGCCGCUGCUGAGCAAUCCUUGUUCAGUGGGCCGACGUCGCCGCAUGGCGAGAGCCUGCAGACGGUGCCCGAGGAGCCCAGCUCGACCGAGUCCAGCCACGUCCUCGGCGGCAGCGCCAAAGAGGGCUUGGAGGGCGAGGCGCUAGACCCAAAAGCGACGCAAUCGGCGCCUUCAGUUACCACUCUCGAGGCCGAGAUCGCGGGGCGCGCGACUGCCACAGGCAAGCCCGUCUUCACAGAGCCUGACUUCGGCCCUGGCCCAGGGCCUGUCGAGGAAGACACCGAGGAUGUCGCGCCAACGGGGAUACGGAGAAGCCCUGGCAGCUUCUCUGCAGCGGCCUUGCGGGAGGGCGAGCAGCUCAGCCCAACGGAACGCUGAAUGGAAACCUGCCGUGGCUUUUUCCAUGCCUUUUUAAGACUCCUUUUUCUUCCCUUUCUUUCUCUCCUUCGCUUUCUCUUCUUUUCACACCCGCUAGGCAAUCAAGUCUCUGUAUCCUAUAGCAAAUCGUUCUCGUUUCAUGUGCGGUCUAGCCAAGUCGUUAUACCCACUCCCCUUACCUUAUUUCUUUUUCUCUCAAACUGCCCUACAAUAUGUUUCUCGCUGACUUCAGUGUCUUUUUUUUUCCCCAUCGUACUUCCCCUCUCAUUCAUAUAUUGCGCGCAGAAUGUGCAUGUACAUACAACUACAUACGUAUAUCAGAUACAUUUUCUAUGAGAGGGAGAUAUUCGCUGGGUUUGUUAUCAGGGGGGUUGGGGGGGAAGGCUUCCUUUCCGAUGUUUGGCUCGAGCAUCGCGAGCUGCUACUGUCGAGCGUCGCGCAGCAGCGACUCGAUGAAGGCCUACGUCUCACGUCCUUUUUGCCUUUGUGUUUUCACGUCUUUGUCAGAGAGGAAAGGAGGAUGGAAUCGGUCAUGUAUGUAUGGUACGUAGGCUCAUACGUGUGUGUGUGUGUGUACACGUGCGUGCAUGCAAGCAAGUGCGCGAGUGCCACACGAGAAUUGCACAAAGAAUGUACACCACCCGGAACUCGAAACCCUCAUCCCUCCCCUCUCGUCGUUUAUACGACCAUGGACCUCGUGAACGAUCUGCCCUUGAAUCUCGUCUUUCCGGCGACGUCAGAAAGACAAAAAGAAGCCCUCCUCCCAGGAAGAGGAAGGAAAGGGAGAGGGCGAUAAUAAAGAAAAAAAAA